AUGUCAUCCGAAGACCUAGAGGCUCAGGAAGAUGAAUUGCUGGCAUUGGCAAGCAUUUAUGAUGGAGAUGAAUUUAAAAGAGCAGAGUGUAUCCGAGGUGGAGAAAUCAGAAUCUACUUGGAUUUGCCACAAAAUUUCAAGAUAUUUGUGAGCAGCAAUCCAGCAGAUGAUCUCCACAAUAAUGGCAACGAAUAUGUGAUUUGCUUUCUGCCUCCCCUUGUGCUGAACUUUGAACUGCCGCUGGAUUAUCCAUCCAACUCCCCACCUACAUUCACCCUUAGUGGCAAGUGGCUGUCACUGACCCAGCUAACUGCUCUCUGCAAGCACCUAGACAAUCUGUGGGAAGAACACCGUGGCAACGUAGUCCUGUUUGCCUGGAUUCAAUUUCUUAAGGAAGAGACCCUCACAUGUCUGAACAUCACCUCUCCCUUUGAGCUCAAAUUUGGUUCUCAGGGAAACAUGAAUAGAAGAACAGCCGCAGCCCCUCCCAAAAGAGAGUUAUGUCUUGGAGGAGCAACUGACUCUGAAAAAGGCGAAGAGGAAGCUGUGGAUGUGAAAUCAUUGUCAACUCUGCUCCAGGAAGUCUUGGACUUUGAUCAAGCUCAGCAGAAAAAGUGCUUUAACAAAAAAGCACACCAAUGCAAUAUCUGUUUCUCUAUCAAGCUUGGCAGUGAGUGCAUGUACUUCUUGGAUUGCAAGCAUGUGUACUGCAGGGUCUGUCUGAAAGACUAUUUCGAGGUCCAGAUAAAGGAUGGACGGGUUCACUGUCUCAACUGUCCAGAACCAAAGUGCCCUUCGGUGGCUACCCAUAAUCAGGUUAAAGAACUGGUGCAAGAGGAAUUAUUUGCACGUUAUGACCACCUUCUCCUCCAGUCCUCCUUGGACCUGAUGGGGAACGUAGUGACUUGCCCCCGGCCGUUCUGCCAGCUGCCUGUGAUAGAGGAGCCAGACUCUAGGAUGGGAAUGUGUGCUGGCUGCAGUUAUGUCUUCUGUACUCUGUGCUGCCUGGCCUACCAUGGGAUUUCUCCGUGUAAGAUGACGCCAGAGAAGCUAAUGCCAUUACAGAAGGAAUACCGGCAUGCAGAUAAAGCCGGAAAAAAGCUUUUGGAGCAGAAGUGUGGUAAGAGGGUAAUUCAGAUGGCACUGGAAGAGAUGAAAAGUACCAAGUGGCUGGAAAAGAAGUCAAAAUUCUGCCCAAAUUGUGGGACUCGUAUAGAAGCUCACAAGUAG